ACUUUGCGAGAGGUUAGGGUGCACCUCUCCAUGUGCGCGUGUGUUCAUGGACAAGAGGAAGACAUCCGGCUUAAAUACGAAAUAGUCUUUUAAAAAAAAAAGGUGAAAUAAGGGACAAAAAGCUUCAAUAAUGAGCCUCUCAAGUAUCUAAAAUUAUUAAAUAGAAACGUGAGAUGCUGAAAUUCUGUCAGCUUGUCAGAGUUUUAAGUACUGAGCGUUUGAAAUCAGCUGUUCAGCCCAGAGGUUGGUGUAGGAUUGUAAAGUUCCGUGGACUUUGUGUGCAUGCCAGGAAAAUGUCUGAAGAAAAUCAGAAUCAUAGCAACAUGACAAAGCUGAAAAGAGCUCCAGAAAGUACCGAGGAAGAGAAUGAGGCUAAAAAGCUGAAAACGGACGAGGAGAAAAGAUUCCCCAAAAGAAAAGUUGUCCUCCUUAUGGCCUAUUCAGGCAAAGGAUACUAUGGAAUGCAGAGGAAUCCUGGAAAUUCCCAGUUUAAAACUAUCGAGGAUGAACUGGUCACGGCACUCAUCAAAGCCGGCUGUAUUCCCGAAAAUCACGGUGAUGAUAUGAAGAAGAUGUCUUUCCAGAGAUGUGCCAGGACAGACAAGGGUGUUUCUGCAGCUGGCCAGGUCGUAUCUCUAAAGCUUUGGUUGAUCGAGAACAUUCUGGAAAAGAUCAACACUCACCUUCCGUCACAGAUUAGAAUUUUAGGUUUGAAGAGAGUCACCGGUGGCUUUAACUCCAAAAACAACUGUGAUGCCAGGACCUACUCCUACAUGCUUCCCACUAUCGCCUUAUCUCCAAAAGACUCUGACCAAGAGGACACGUCAUUCCGCUUGGCCCCCGAGACACUUCAGAAGGUUAACAGGCUCUUUGCGCUCUACAAAGGCACUCACAAUUUCCACAACUUCACAUCGCAGAAGGGUCCCCGGGACCCGAGCGCUAAGCGCUACAUCACGCAAAUGUCCUGCGGAGAACCGUUCGUCAGGCAGGGGGCUGAGUUCACCGUCAUCACAGUGCGAGGCCAGAGCUUCAUGAUGCACCAGAUCCGGAAGAUGAUCGGAUUGGUGAUCGCUGUAGUGAAGGGAUACGCACAAGAGGAGAUCAUCGAAAGGAGCUGGGGUGAAGAGAAGGUCGACGUGCCCAAGGCUCCUGGGCUCGGUCUCGUGUUGGAGCGCGUGCACUUUGACCGGUACAACAAGCGUUUCGGAGGAGACGGUCUGCACGAGACCCUGGAGUGGGAGCAAGAAGAAGACGCCAUUGGUGCCUUUAAGGAAGCGCACAUUUACCCCAGUAUAGUAGAGACAGAGUGUCAGGAGAAGUCGAUGAUCAGCUGGAUGAGUACGCUGCCGAUUCACGACUUUACCGCAACAGCAACCGGCAAGCAAGAAAACAAGGAUGAAGAUGAUGCUGGAAAUGCUUCAGACUGAGACCUCUGAAAACCUUUUCUUUCUUUCUUUCUUUCUUUCUUUCUUUCUUUCUUUCUUUCUUUCUUUCUUUCUUUCUUUCUUUCUUUCUUUCUUUCUUUCUUUCUUUCUUUCUU